AUGGCGGAGGAGCGGCCCGGGGCCUGGUUCGGCUUCGGCUUCUGCGGCUUCCAGCAGGAGCUGGGCUCCUCGCCCGGGUUCCGGAUGGUGGCCAGCCCCGAGCCGCUGCGGGCGCCGGGUGCGGAAAUCUGCCGCGUGAGCGCCAGCUGGAGCUACACCGCCUUGGUGACCCGCGGGGGCCGCAUGCUGCUGUCGGGCUCGGUGAGCGGCGUGGUCGACAGCUGCGCGGACGCCUGGGCCUCGGAGGUGGCGCUCGUGGUCCUGCGCACGGGGGCGGGGCCCGGGGCGGAGCUGCAGGUCUGGGCGCCCAGCUCGCCCGCGCUCGGGGAGCCCCUGUGGGCGCAGGUCCUGGAGCCGGAGGCUGAGGGGGACCUCGGGCCGGACGCUGAGGUCCCGUCCACGCGGCUGCCUCUGCUGCCAGGCGCCUGCGCCUAUGUGACCUGUCGGCUGCCCUUCCUCAAGCCCCUGGCCCCAGAGCUGCGCGCUCGCCAGCUGGAGCUGGGCGUGGAGCACGCCUUGAUGCUGGGUAUCGCGGGCCAGGUCUUCUCCUGGGGCGGUGGCAGGCAUGGACAGCUGGGCCAUGGCACCCUGGAGGCGGAGUCGAAACCAAGGCCUUUGGAGGCGCUGCAGGGUCUACCCAUGGCGGAGGUGGCGGCGGGCGGCUGGCACUCUGUAUGCUUGAGUGAGACUGGGGACAUUUAUAUCUGGGGCUGGAAUGAAUUCGGACAGCUGGCCCUGCCCUCCAGAAGCCUGGCAGAGGACAGUGCUCUUCACCACCAUUAUCAUUACUUUUGUUGUUUCUCUGAAGCCUCCAGGCCAACCCAGGAUGAUUCUGGAGUGAAGGGAGCCGCUGGGGGUGAAGGUGAAGGCUCUGACCCCUUCAUCGCGGUCCAGCCCUUCCCGGCCUUGCUGGAUCUCCCCAUGGGCUCAGAAGCUGUCCAGGUCAGCUGUGGCUCCCAACACACCGCUGUGGUGACACGAACAGGGGAGCUCUACACAUGGGGAUGGGGUAAAUAUGGACAGCUUGGCCACAAGGACACAGCCAGCUUGGAUCACCCCUGCCGUGUGGAAUACUUUGUAGAUCAGCAGCUCCACGUGAAGACUGUGACCUGCGGCCCAUGGAACACCUAUGUGUAUGCUGUGGAGAAAGGGAAGAGCUGA